AUGAAGUUAAACCAUCUGGGGCCAUUUCUCUCUUCGUUCACGGGUUCAUGCUCGCAGCAGCAGCUCUGGUCCGAGGCAGGGAGCCUGUGGUAUCCGCCCAUAUUCGCUUUAAUUUUCCCUUUCAAUCCCAAACCUUUCCUCAAUGGACUAACAGGAAAGCCAGUGAUGGUGAAACUUAAGUGGGGGAUGGAAUACAAAUGCUACCUGGUAUCUGUAGAUGGCUAUAUGAAUAUGCAGCUGGCAAAUACAGAAGAAUACAUAGAUGGGGCAUUGUCUGGACAUCUGGGUGAAGUUUUAAUAAGAUGUAACAAUGUCCUUUAUAUCAGAGGUGUUGAAGAAGAAGAAGAAGAUGGGGAAAUGAGAGAAUAGCCACUUGGGGGAUC